UUUAAAAAAUUUGUUGGCUUGGGAUCUCAACCGGGCACACAUAACUAGAUCUGGCUUGACUGGAGUCUCCAUGGGUUGGGCUAUAGCUGUGCAUGGCGGCGCCGGCGACAUCUCCCGUUCACUGCCACAUGACCGCCGCCAGCCCCGUGAGGAAGCCCUCCGCCACUGCCUUCAAAUUGGCGUCGAAGCUCUUCAAUCCAAUUCGCCUCCUUUGGACGUGGUUGAGCUCGUGGUUCGUGAAUUGGAGAAUAUUCCGCACUUCAAUGCUGGUAGGGGUUCUGUGUUGACCUCCGAAGGCACAGUUGAAAUGGAAGCUUCGAUCAUGGAUGGCAACACUAUGAGAUGUGGUGCUGUUUCUGGUUUAACCACGGUUGUUAACGCCGUCUCUUUGGCUCGUCUUGUUAUGGAGAAGACUCCUCAUAUAUAUCUUGCAUUUGAUGGAGCAGAGCAAUUUGCAAGAGAACAAGGUGUUGAGAUAGUAGAUUCAAGCCAUUUCAUUACUCCUGAAAAUGUUGAGAGACUGAAGCUAGCAAAAGAAGCCAAUAGGGUCCAGAUUGAUUAUAACGCCCAACCCAUCCAAAAUGAUACUAAGAAGGAAAAGCCGUGUGCUAAUGGGGAUAGCCAAAUUGGGACUGUCGGGUGUGUGGCUGUUGACAGUCAUGGUAAUCUAGCUUCUGCUACAUCUACUGGAGGAUUAGUGAACAAAAUGGCUGGCAGAAUCGGUGACACACCUGUCAUAGGUGCCGGGACUUAUGCCAAUGAGCUUUGUGCAGUUUCAGCAACAGGCAAAGGUGAAUCAAUAAUACGUGGGACGGUUGCAAGAGACGUGGCUGCCCUGAUGGAGUUCAAAGGCCUCUCUCUCAAGGAAGCUGCUGAUUGUGUUGUGCACGAGCGCACACCAAAGGGCACCGUUGGUUUGAUCGCUGUGUCUGCUGCAGGAGAAGUUGUGAUGUCUUUUAACACAACAGGCAUGUUCCGUGGAUGUGCUACCGAAGAUGGCUACUCAGAGGUUGCUAUUUGGUCUGAUGCCCAAGUUGAGUAAUCCUCAUGUCUUUCCUGGUUUCAGAGCUUUAUGUAUCCUGACAUCAGUAAAUCUUUCUUACAUGAUUGAUAUCAUAAGAAAUUCUAUCUCGAGUUACAUAAUGAAAUACUAUAGUUAUGUUACGUCAUCUAUGAUAUAGUUUGUCCCGCAUCUUGAAUAUGAUCAUAUUCUAUUAUAAUCCUGAGCUUUAUGAUGAAGUUCCUUGAAAAUGAAGUUCCAUUGCCGACUUCUUUGGCCUCAUUUGUAUGUGAAAUAUACAAAUUUUAUUGAUUGUAAUAUAUGGUAAAUGAUGGUUUUCCUUA